UGUGGCUCUUGUUGGGCUUUUAGUGCAGUUGGUUCCCUGGUAGGACAAAUGUUCAGGAAAACAGGCAAACUGGUUCCUCUGAGUGAACAGAACCUUGUAGACUGCUCCUGGUCACAUGGCAACAAAGGCUGUGAUGGUGGCUUGCCAGAUCUGGCCUUCCAGUAUGUGAAGGACAAUGGAGGCUUGGACACCAGUGCGUCCUACCCGUAUGAAGCACUGAAUAGAACAUGCAGGUACAAUCCUAAAAACUCUGCUGCUAAAGUCCUGGGCUUUGUGAGCAUCCAGUCUAGUGAAGAUGCCCUCAUGAAGGCUGUGGCCACUGUGGGACCUAUCUCAGUUGGAAUUGAUACUAAGCACCCAUCGUUCCAGUUCUAUAAGGGGGGCAUGUACUAUGAGCCAGAAUGUAGCAGCACUAAUCUGGAUCAUGCUGUCCUGGUGGUUGGCUACGGUGAAGAAUCAGAUGGCAGGAAGUACUGGCUGGUCAAGAACAGCUGGGGUGAAGACUGGGGCAUGGAUGGCUACAUAAAGAUGGCCAAAGACCGGAACAACAACUGUGGAAUUGCUUCCGAUGCUUCUUACCCUAUCGUGUAA